UUCUAAUUCGAAGUGUUUUUGUAUGUUAAACCUAAACAGCGUGUAGCAGUGUUGAUCGUUUCAGCACGUUUCCCCCAUUAUAGACCACGGAUUUGUCAAUAUUUUAUUAAGAGGCUUAAUAUUAGACUAUUAUAUUAGAGAAGUAAGCAGUAUUGUUGUCAUUUCGUGCUAAGUGACAGAUUCCGAGGGUGAGGUCGUUGUGGAGGGAAACGCAAGCGUGGGGUUGAAAUAAUGUCAACUUCCAGUGAACCUUCACAAAAUGUAGAUAUUAACAAUAUAGGUAUUAUUGUUUGUCAAAGGUAGUAACAUACCAUGCAACCUAUCAAGGAUAGCUCCUUCUUAAGCUAACGUAUGUCUUGCCAAUGCAGCUAAUAUGUAGCUUUCGCUUUGCCACAAUUGAACCCUCCUCCAGGAUGAACAAAAACAUGUAAACCUCAAAAGUAUCUGACCCAGCCGUGGCUGUAGGCAAUAUGGGACUGGACUUUGAUGUAAAGACCUUCUGUCACAACCUACGGGCCACCAAGCCGCCUUAUGAGUGUCCUGUGGAGAGUUGUCGCAAGGUCUACAAGAGCUACAGUGGCAUUGAGUACCACCUUUACCGCUAUGACCACGACAACCCGCCUCCUGCGCAGACUGUGCCUCAGAAGAAACGUAAGGGACGGCCUCCUCGCGCGUCACUAGCUGGGUCAAUGGAUUUGGACGACGGUAGCGGUAAAGGAGGAGGGCAGGGGCAUGAUGGGAAUAUACCGAGUAGCCCCAAUAGGUCUGAACUUUCACAUUCCCCUAGCAGGGACACAAUGACGUAUGCCCAGGCGCAACGAAUGGUGGAGCUGGAGAUUCAAGGACGCAUUCACCGCAUCAGCAUCUUCGAGAACAUAGAUGUAGUGUCAGAGGAGGACAGUGAUGCGGAGGACGGCCCACCCUCUGUCACAGGUGGUAGUGCUGGUGGGGUGUGUAACGGUAGCGACGGUGGAGCUGGAGGCAGCGAAGUAGGAGGUAGUGGCAAAGACAGGCCCGAUAUGCCGUCAUCUAAUGGGGGCAAAGCCACGCCAAAGUCCGGGAAACAUAAAAGUAAAGAAAAGAAGAAGGAUGGCUCCUCUCAUCAGCACACCACUCAGUCGGGGCCGGCUGUCAAACUGCCGGAAGCCGUGUUUAGAGAACUGGACCAAGAGAGACCCGAUGCCCCUGAUCGGCCAUCGUCUUACUACAGGUACAUCGACAAGUCUGUAGAGGAGCUGGAUGAGGAAGUGGAGUACGACAUCGAUGAGGAGGACUACAUCUGGCUCGACAUCAUGAACGACAAACGGCGGCUUGACGGUGUCACACCUAUCCCUCAGGAGGUCUUUGAGUACCUCAUGGACCGUCUAGAAAAGGAAUCCUACUUUGAGAGCCAUAACAAAGCAGACCCCAGUACCCUCAUUGAUGAGGACGCUGUAUGCUGCAUCUGUAAUGAUGGAGAGUGUCAAAACAGCAAUGUGAUCCUCUUCUGUGACAUGUGUAACCUGGCGGUACACCAAGAGUGCUACGGAGUGCCAUACAUCCCAGAGGGCCAGUGGUUAUGUCGUCGCUGCCUGCAGUCACCAAGUCGAGCGGUGGACUGCGCUCUCUGCCCCAACAAGGGAGGAGCGUUCAAACAGACGGAUGAUGCACGCUGGGCUCACGUCGUGUGCGCCCUGUGGAUUCCAGAGGUCUGCUUUGCCAACACGGUCUUUCUGGAGCCGAUAGACAGCAUUGAGCACAUCCCUCCUGCACGCUGGAAGCUAACCUGCUACAUCUGCAAGCAGCGCGGCUCAGGCGCCUGCAUUCAGUGUCACAAAGCCAACUGUUACACCGCCUUCCAUGUCACAUGUGCACAGCAAGCUGGCCUCUACAUGAAAAUGGAGCCUGUCAGAGAGACCGGAGCAAAUGGAACCUCAUUCAGCGUUCGUAAGACGGCUUACUGUGACAUCCACACUCCCCCAGGAUCAGCCCGACCUUUGGGAGGAGUCGGCGGUGCCAGCAUAGCGUCAUCUCAAAGUGAAGGAGAACUGGAGGAGGAUGACGAGCCCAGCAUCGUCCAUGAUGAAGACUCUCGGGGAUGGAGUUCGGAGCGGGCCAAGAGGGCCAAGGCCAAGUCUAGGCUGAAGAUGAAGAGAGCUAGGAAGAUCUUGGCUGAGAGAAGAGCUGCUGCUCCAGUGGUGUCUGUGCCCUGUAUACCCCCUCAUAGGCUAAGCAAAAUCACCAGUAACUUAACAGUUCCCAGGAAAAGCCAGUUCAUGCAGCGGCUUCACAGCUACUGGACACUGAAGAGGCAAAGCCGCAAUGGUGUGCCUUUGCUACGGCGUCUUCAAACCCACCUGCAAUCACAACGACAUGCUGACCCCCUCCCACUGCAGCCUUCAGCCCAAGUUCCUGUGAGAGACACUGAAGAGAAACAAAGUGCUUUAAAGGAGCAACUGAAAGCAUGGCAGAGACUAAGACACGACUUGGAGAGAGCCAGGCUGUUGGUGGAACUCAUCCGUAAAAGAGAAAAACUCAAGAGGGAAACGAUCAAAGUGCAGCAGAUGGCGCUAGAGAUACAGCUGAUGCCCCUUCUAGUGCUUCUGAGGAGUACAUUGGAGCAGCUACAGGAAAGAGACACUAACAACUUCUUCACUGAGCCUGUGCCCCUUGCAGAGGUGCCAGACUACCUGGACCAUAUUGACACUCCCAUGGACUUCCAGACAAUGUGGAACCUUCUAGAGUCCCACCGCUACCUCACUUUUGAGGCAUUUGAGGCCGACUUUGGCCUCAUUGUCAACAACUGCCUCAAGUAUAAUGCCAAGGACACUGUUUUCUACCGUGCUGCCCUGCGGCUCAGAGAAAUGGGCGGAACGGUCAUCAGAACUGCCAGACGGCAGGCAGAGCGGAUUGGCUUUGACUACGAGACUGGCAUGCACCUCCCUCGAGAACCUAGCCCAGACACUCGACGUGAACAAGACAGGGAACGAGAGCGAAACAGAGAACGAGAGACUGACUGGCAAUUAUCGUCUAAUGAAGAUGCAGAACUCUUACCAGAGAACAGACGCCGCCUACCAUUGGAGGAGCAGUUACUUUACGUGCAGGCGCGUCUUGAGGAGGCCAACUCGGGGAAACACAGCAUCGGACAGUCUCGCAGAGCCAAAGCUAUGAGGAAGGAGCUCAGUCUCAUCAAGAGAAAACUGGCCCACCAGCGAGAGGGCUUGGGGUCUAAAGAGUCAAUAGGAGAUCGGGGUUCCCACUCCCAUCAUACAUCGUCUGCAGGACACCACGAUGAAGGGGAAGAAAGCAGCAGUCAGGAGCUUGGUGGAAAAGAUCUGAGUGUGUCCUCAUCUGUCUUGGCUCCAGAAGUGGGUCGACGAACAUCUGUUCUAUUCUCUAAGAAGAACCCAAAAAUGGCUGGACCUCCAAAGAGACCAGGCCGCCCUCCAAAAAACAGAGACACUGGCUACGCCUCGACAGGAGUAACCCCGAGCCCAAUCGGGCCCCCUCAGUUACCCAUGCUGUCCCCGAGUCGACAGAGGAAGCGUCCGCGCAGCCCCCACACCAGCUCCAGCUCUGACAGCGACAGCGACAAUGACGACCUGCUGCCAGGGUUGCCAAGUAACGGUUUUGACGGAGGGAACCAGCCCGUAACUGAAAGCUUCCGUGUAUACAGAAAUGACACCCGUCUUCCACGUUCCAGCUCAGACUCUGAGUCCACCACCAGCAGCAGCAGCAGCGCUGCCUCUGACAGGACUAGUACGACCCCCUCGAAGCAAGGCAGAGGAAAGGCGUCAUUCUCUCGCUCUGCCUUCCAAGAGGACAGCAGCGAGGAGACGUCUGGCACUGAAAACGAGUCCUACUCAGUCGGUGGGUCACGAGGAGUUUCACACUUGGUGCGUGGCCGAGCUAGGUCAGGAUGCUGGAUGACCUCAGAUGAUUAUUCAUCUUUGGAUGCUCUGGACUUGGUGUGGGCCAAGUGCAGAGGCUACCCUUCAUAUCCUGCUCUGAUCAUUGAUCCGAAAAUGCCCAGAGAAGGGGUGUUCCACCGGGGUGUCCCGAUUCCUGUCCCCCCAUUGGAUGUUCUUAAACUUGGCGAGCAAAUGACCCAGGAAGCCAGGGAGCACUUGUUCCUGGUCCUAUUUUUUGACAAUAAGAGAACCUGGCAGUGGCUACCGCGCUCUAAGUUAGUACCACUCGGGGUGGACCAGGAGCUGGACAAAGAGAAGAUGCUGGAGGGCAGGAAAUCAAAUAUUCGCAAGUCCGUACAAGUUGCUUACCACCGGGCCAUGCAGCACCGCAGCAAAGUGCAAGGAGACCCAAGCAGCGAGACCAGUGACAGUGACUAAAGAUACACAAGCACACACACUUAAUUUUAUGGUUAGUACAGUUGUGUGUGUGUGGGGGGGGGGUCACUAGAAUUCCCCACUUGAAGACGAUCCACUAUGACAGCCCCAACAAUCAGUUUAAUCUGACACGUGAAAUAAAUAUUGUAUUUAAGAGAAUAACUAAUAAUCAUGGAAACAUUGUUAGAUAUGCAGAAUUGUGAAUAAAAGUAACCCCUGGAUGUGGAUCUAAAUGUUAAUAUUAAAAAAAAAAAGAUGAGCUAAUUGUUUACAGAAAACAGCUAAUGUGAGUUGACUUAUUCACACGGAAAUGUAUGGAGUGUACAAGAAGUGCACACACUGGAAUAGCUGCCAUCACCCGAGCAUACUGUAUGUUCAUGUCUUAUCAUCCUCCUAUCCCAAAGUCCCUAACAGGCCUGGUGCUAAAUGUCCAGUCCUUUGCGGAGAACCAAGAGACUAUUGCAGCCUAAACUGUGGGUGAAAUUCCAUGUUAUUUAUUCUCCGUCUUGCUCCUUUUACAAGAUCCCCACCCAAACUGGUUUCAACACUUUCUUACUCGUCGUUUUUUUAUUUUAUUUAGUCCGUCACUUGUAAUCAUGGAUAUCACUUGUAAUCACAACGCCUCGUCUUUUUAAGCUUUUGUAAUGUGGCACAGGUCAGUGACCAAACUCCUAGUCCUUGACUGAUCGCCUUAGAACUUUUAUAUAAAUACAGAUUGCAUAAGAAUAGAAGUUUAAUAAAAAAAAUAAUAAAUGACUUUUUUA